AGGCGCAUAUAAGAAGCUCGAAAGCUGCAAGUUCUCUAGCAUCAAAGUAACAAAUCAACUCAUCUUUCUCUAGCCGGAGACACUUUCUUCAAGCGUUCUUUCCCCCUCAAAAGUUCAACAUGGCCAUCACCGAACCCAUCCUCGUUGCGGAGUCUCUCCCAACAAUCGAGCUCGACCUCCUCCGAGCAGACAAUGAAACGGAGAACAAGAGACUCCUCAGCGUCUGCCAGAACUAUGGUUUCUUCUACCUCAACAUGACCAGCGAUCCCGAGCUCUGCCAGCUCUGGAAAGACAUGCUGUCUAUCAUGAAGGAGUACUUCGAGCAGCCCCUUGAUAUCAAGAUGCAGGAUGCCCGCAACGACGACAACUUCGGCUACGAGCCCAUGGGCACCGAAGAAGGCCCCAAGCCCAAGACCAGAGACGGCUACGAAUCCCUCAAGUUCUCCCGCCGCGAAUACCUCAAGAACUCAACCGACCUCACCACCAGCAUCCGCACCAAAUCCGCCCCCUUCUUCAACUUCAUCAACCAAGCCCACACCAUCACCCUCCUAAUAUUGUCGCGCCUCUCCACCCAACUCGGUCUCACUGGCCCCUCCCGCUUCGAAACCUACCACGCCGACCCCGGCCCGUCCACCUCAACACUCGGUAUCCUACGCUACCCCAAGCAUGAGUCCGGAAUCAGCGAGCCCACCAGCGUCGGCCACAACCAGCACACCGACGUCGGCACGCUCACCUUCCUCCUUGCGGCCCAAUGGGGUCUGCAGUACUGUUCUCCCCAAACCAAGCGCUGGGAAUUUAUCGAGCCUCGUGCCGGCCACGCUAUCAUCAACGUGGGUGAUAGCUUGCGGUUCCCGUCUGGCGGGGAGCUGGCGAGUGUGGUGCAUCGUGUUGUGCCUUUGAAGGAGACGCAGGAAGAGGACCGUUACAGUAUUGCGUAUUUUUUGAGGCCGAAUGAUGAUGUCACCUUUAGGGAUGCGACGGGCAAGAUGUGGUCGGCGAAGGAGUGGCAUGAUUUUAAAUUUAAUGUGUUUAAGAGUCCGAGUACGUUGGAUGCGAAGGGGAGGUUUUUGACGGGGAUGAUGCUCGAGGAGGAGAGGGGGAGGUGGGUUGGUGUACCUGGAGAGGGAGGUGUGGCGGUUGCUGUUUGA